AUGGGCGACUCUUCAGGAGUGCAAAUGCCCAGUUCCAUUCCAUCUUCGCCAGCUUCACCAAAGCUCGGCAAUUUCUCACGCAUUUUUCAAUAUCUGACACUGUCUUCACCACCACCACCUGUACCACCUCAUGUAACAGAAGGCGACGGCGUCUCACAAAAGGCUCAGACCCAGCCUCUAUCUUCACCUUCGCCCCGUGCAAGCACUCCGAGAGCUUAUGCCAGUGGCUUUCUUGGAGGCUUGGAUCUGACUUCUGUCCUGCCGGAUUCCCAGGCCGCCGAUGCCAGAGUUCAUGUUUCGUCGGAUGAGGAGACAGAGGGAGUCGACCAAGCGUUGGCUUCUUCUUUGCCAGAGACCAGCUCGACGGCAGCUUCAUCUCCGCCAUCGGACUCGAAUGACUUUGUCACCAAGCAUGUCCAAUCUCGUGCCAAUGUCACACCCUAUCUGGCUCGCUCAGCCCACAACUCCUUCUUGUACCAACAAGGCCUGGUCGCAUCGUCGAUCGCUCUGCUCGAGGCCACCCGGCCCGCUGGUGCUCUGCGCACCCGAAACAACCAAGCAUCGGCCAGUCCUGCUUGGACUCAGCCAUAUGUGAUUGUUCCAAAGUAUACAUGCAGCAAGGAAGAUAAACUGAGGCUCCUCCAGGCCAAGCUGGCCCCUCAGUAUGAUCUCGACGCGUUGGGCGCCUCGACGUACGACGCAGCUGGCUCACAGUCGGUUCACAUAUUUGUCGACUUGUCGAACAUUGUCAUUGGGUUUUACAACUCUCUGAAAAUCUGUAAUGGUAUUCCGGUAGACCAAUACGUCAAAGUCCCGCCGUUUUUCUUUGAAGGUUUCGCCACGGUGCUGGAGCGGGGCCGCUCUGUCGGCGGCAGGAAGCUCGCCGGGUCCGUCGUGGACAACACGGACCGCUCUCGCUGGCCAGACUAUAUGUACGAGGCAGAGGCAGCAGGCUACGAAAUGAACAUCCUCAACCGCGUGGACAAGAUGACCCUAACGCCAAAGCCUGCAUCCCGAAAGGGGUACAGGUCAGGCGGCGGUAGGGAGUAUCCGUCAGACGCCUAUUCAUCGGAUGACGCUGCUCCCCUCCGUCAGAAGCGGUCGGGCGAGCAAGGUGUCGACGAACUGCUCCACAUGAAAAUGUGCCAGUGCGUUCUCGACUUUUCGCCCGGUACGAUGGUUUUGGCCACGGGCGACGCUGCGGCAGCCGAGUUCUCGGAUGGGUUCCUCGUCAACGUGCAGCGUGCUUUGAAAAACGGUUGGCGGGUCGAGCUUGUGUCUUGGAGGACGGGCAUCGCGUCCGCAUGGAGAAAUCUAGAGCGAAGGCGCGAAUGGGCCGGUCGCUUCAGGAUCAUCGAGCUCGACUCCCUUGUCGACGAGCUCGUCGGCUCUCAUCUGGCUCAGUGA